AUAUAUAUAUAAUACUUUAAAGAAAUAAAUAAUAUACUAUUGGGAUAUAAAUUUUUUUUUUAUUUAUCUAAUAUCAGAUAAAUAAAUUAUAUAUUUACAUUAAAAAAACAAAAAUAGGAAUAGUAAUUCUGUGUAGGUAAUAAAAUUAUCUGUUAGUGGUUCAGUAUACGCAAACACUUAUAUAUUAAAUAUAAAAAAGUAAAACCAAAAGAUGAUUUGAUUUUUCAAAAUAAUUAAAUACUUUUAUAGCUUUAUAAUGAUUAUAUUUUUUUUACUGACAACUUUGUUUGACAUCAGCAGUUCAAUAUUUUCAUUCCAAGUUAUAUUAUACUAGUUAAAUUAGAGUAAAUACUUGCAAAUAAGACAUUCAUAUGCAAAAAGUUGCCAUAGAGUUAAUGUUCUUUCAAAAGUAUUCUGAAUGAUAAUUUUCAAAAUUUUUUUUUGGUUGCAAAAUGCCAAUUAUUAUAGGCACCACCGCAUACAAUAUUACCAUUCUAAAGAAAAAUAUUAUAAAGAAACAUUUUUUUAAAACAUGCAUAUUAUUGGGCUACUAAAAAUAUUAAAUGGAUAACAUUCGCGAAAACAAGCAAAUAAAGAAAAAUAGUUUGCCAGACAAAUCUUCAAAAUGGAACAAACCAAAUGAAGAAAAAACAAACAUAAUUGAGGUGGAUAAUUCCCGAACCGUUCUUAUGAAAAUUGCUACUCUGUAUGCUGAGCGUUUGAUGAACGAUAUUUGUUUAGUAGUAAAUGAUGUAGAAUACCCUGCUCAUCGAUUAAUUUUAUGUGCUUCAAGUGAUGUUUUCGAGGUUAUGCUAAUGAGUCCUCAAUGGAGUGAAUCACAGGAGAGUCGUGUAGCACUCCAAGAAACACCUCAAUGCGCAACUAUUUUUAGUGAAUUCUUGCGUUACUUUUAUACUGGACAUAUUGGUUUUAGUAAUGAAAUUGUUUUACCAAUACUUUCUCUUGCUGAUAAAUACAACGUUAGAGAUCUUAUUGCUUCAUGCUUAAAUUUUAUGCGAGAUCACAUUCCUGUAGCUGCUAUACACGGGACUCUUGUCUCUUGGUUUCAGUAUAGUUUAAAUUGCGGUCACAAUGAAAUAACAAAUGCGUGUCAUAAUUUUGUCAAAUGGAAUAUUGAACUAGUAGCAGCUACGCCAGACUUUGCUAAUUUUGAACUAGAUGUGCUUGUAUCUUUGUUGCAUCAAAGUAGUCUUGUGAUAUACGAUGAAUUGUCAUUAUUUAAAUAUCUUGAAAUUUGGCUUAAUCAUCAAAACGAUCGUUUGAAAAGUCAAUUACCUAUCACAGAUGUUGAGACUACUUUAAAGCAAAUGGUGAUUGCAGUCAUGAUACCAAUACGAUUUCCGAUGAUGUCUCCUAGACAGUUAGCAGAACUAUUAUUGUCACCUUUAACACAAAAAUAUAAGGAGUUUUUCGUAGAAAGGAUGGCUAUUGGCAUGUCAUUUCAUUCAGGUCAUAACGAACGUGUGCGCAAAAUUAUCAAAACCGAAGAUAAUGGUUUACUUUUAUUUGAACCUAGGCUUUAUACUGUAGAUACUUGUAGCUCUUUGCUGACGGUUGAAAAUUUUCAUAGUUUACUUUCUUACCACACAAGAACACUUGUAUUUUCAAGUCAUUCUCAUUUGUCUGAUUAUGCAGGUGAUAAAACUUGUGAAUGGGUUGUUGAUUUGUAUCCCAAAGGUGUAUGGUUCAAAAAGUUUUUUUUAAUUGUUUGGCAAGGCACCGUUGAAAUGCCAGAACAUGUUAUACGAUCAGUUCGAUUAUCACUUACAUGUAAAGAGCCCCCCAGUGAUAGUGAUUUGGAUAUGCGAGUUAAAAUUGGAGUACUAAUCUAUGGAAUUCAGGAUGAUGUCGAACACAUAGCUAGAGUCAAAGAAGUUAUUUAUAGAUUUAAUUCCAAUGAUAGAAUACUCAACUUGGAUAAUAUAUUACCUUUCGAAGAACUUAAUCCUUUACAAGAUUCUAUAAGUUCCAAUACAGUAGUAUCAAAGUAUCUACUUGGUCCCAAUAAAGAUACAUUAAAACUACACAUCGUUAUUUCACCUAUAAAUUCAUCAUACUAAGUUAUACAGAUAUAUAAUAAUGUUUUAAACUAAAAGUUACUCUUUUGCUUUAUUAAAUUAAUAAACCGAAAAAAAUA